AUGGCGAAAAGGGCGAAGGACACUGAUUUGCGCAAUCAUAUCGAGAAGAUUGUCAGAGAGUACAAAUCGCACACACCCGCAGAACUAGCUUUGGAGGCGGCGAAAGGAAUUUGCAAGUCGCCAUUCAUGGAAGACAUCCUGAAAUCCAAGAAGCCAGUUAAGUUCGCCCAACCUAAGUUUAAGCUAUUCGAGGGCACGACCUAUCCCAUUGAGCAUAUCUAUCAUUUCCAACAACAAAUGGUGCUCGAAGGAGAUGACGAGGCCCGGUUAUGUAAACUGUUCCCUUCAAGCUUGUCAGGAUCGGCCUUGAUUUGGUUUACACAGCUGAAACCAAGGUCUAUUGGCGGUUUCACCCAACUCUAUGAAAUGUUCAUAUCUCAGUACAUUUGCAAUCAAAAGAGGAGAAAAUAUGUCAUGAUCUUAUUCAACACGAAGCAAAGUACCGGAGAAAGCCUUAAAGACUACUUGAGGCAUUUUACGGAGGAAAUGUCUACUCUUGAGGAAUGUGAUUCUCAUACUGCUCCGUUGGCGUUUCGUGAGAGGGUUAUACCUGGAACAAAAAUGCAUAGGUCUUUAGUGAAGGCCCUACCAGUAGAUAUGAGGGAAGUGAUGGCCUGGGCGGAUGGAAUCAUCAGACUAGAAGAAGAAGAGUUCACCCAGUCAAAACGAGCCACUUCCACCAUUGCGAUCCCAAAGCCUCCACCGGAGCAAAAGGUGGAGAUGAAGCGAUAUUCCUUGAGACAAGAACCUAGCAACGGACCUAAGCAAAGCCGACCUUUCACCAGGCUCACAAUGAGUUUAGCCAAAAAAUUUCACAAGAACAAGGGCAAUGGUAUAUUUCAAACACCACCUGUGAUCCGCGAAUCCCCAGAAAAGCGAGACAGGAACAAGAUGUGCGCCCAUCAUAAUGACUUUGGACACACUACUGAUGAGUGCCGAAGUCUUAGGUAUCAGGUGGAGGCAAUGCUCAUAAAGGGAAUGUUAUCUCAGUACCGCACUGAACCUGAGAAUAGGGCAAGUGAAGAGGGUGGGUAA